AUGGCUGCAACCCAGAGCGCUGUCCCCAUACUCGCCCCGGCGGCUAUCCCCGCAUUUAAAUGCCCUACGGGGACAAAGAUGCACAUCCUAAACCUGGGGGCUCUCGAGGCAGACGAAUCAUGGUUCCUGCGCGGUGCUAAUGCGAGCACGCUGAGCAACCCGAACCCGGAGAAUAAGCGUCGCAAGCUCGCGCUACUUUCAUGCCUCAUCGAGUACCCCGGAUUCGGCCUUAUCCUGUACGAAACGGGACUUCCUGCGGCAAUCAAAGCUACCGGAAACGACAUCAAAGAUGUCAAGGCGGUGGUAAUUGGCCACCUCCAUCUCGACCAUGCCGGUGGACUCGAGCACUUUAUCAACACUGGUGUCCCGAUCUAUGUCCACGAAGAAGAGUUUAAGCACGCCUGCUGGUCCAUAGCCACUAAAGCCGACCUGGGCGUGUAUUUGAGCCACUACAUGUCUCUGGAAGGUCUAAAGUGGGAGACCUUCAGCGAGCCGCAGCUGGACUUAUUCCAAGGUAUCACACUGCAUCACUCGCCAGGUCACACCCCGGGUCUUUGUAUCAUGCAGGUCAAUCUCGACAAAGAUGGUACUUUUAUUUGGACUUCGGACCAGUUCCAUGUCGCUGAGAACUAUGAGCUCGGCCACCCCCCAUGGCGGUCUUGCCAGAGAUCAUAA